AUGACGCACAUCGCUCCUCUUGUUACUGUCAUUUUAGCAUCAGCUCUCCUGAGAUGGCCGGCUGCAGGAGCCUCGCUCCUCUGCACAUGGACGAAAGUUUUGCCUACCGGAGAAGUGCACUACAGUUUUCUCCGGCAGACCUCUCCAUCUCUGCGGCUCUACCACAGCGCCUGGUCAGGGGAGCGCGCUCUGCUUAGCUGCUCUUGGAGCGACAACACAGUACUUAUCCAGAAUUAUUUCUCUCUGUGCCGGGAGCGCACGCACGAGUUUUCCGAUAAUCCAGAUGAAAAAUUCAAUCUGAAAUCCCUGUUUGAGGAAGAGGAUCUGUGCGUCUCCCUGGCUUCUCCAGGGGUCGUCGGGAGCGGGGAGCGCACAGGGAAGAGGCCAGUGAGGAGCGUCGGUGGUCCCAGGGUGGUCUCACCGCCUGAGAAUCAUCUAGGUCAAGCUGAGAGGUCAGAGGUGACGACCCAUCAGCGUGUAAAGCGGGGAUUCAUUGUACCUGGGACUCUCUGGUGCGGCUCUGGCAACAAGGCGCCAUCAUAUGCAGAUUUGGGGGUUUUUAAAGAAACAGACAGCUGUUGUCGGGAACAUGACCAGUGCAAACACACCAUCCUGUCCUUUCACUCAGACUUUGGUGUCUUCAACAGCAACAUCUUCACCAUGUCUCACUGUGACUGUGACAACAAGUUUCGCAGUUGUCUGAUGGAGGCGAAUGACAGCAUAUCUGGUGUAGUGGGCUAUACCUUCUUUAACCUGCUGAAGAUGCACUGCUUUGAGUUCUCCCAUCAACUCCAGUGUACACAGAGAAACUGGUUUGGAAUGUGUAAAGAGACUAAAAUGGCUCUGUAUGCUGAUAUCCAUCCACCCACACCGUACGAGUCUCCCAAUCCAACUGAGGUUAGCAUGAAUAGUACCAGCUCCACCAUAAACACUACCACACCCACAGAACUACUGGAGAACAGCACGUUACACACACAGCUCCUCUCCGUCACCGCUGCAGCAUCCACAGCCCCGACACCUUCAACCAGUUACUCCUCUGCAACCAUCCUCCCCGUUACUACCUCCACAUUCACAAAUACCACCGAGGGACCUAGAGGACCUACAGCACCUGAGAGUACGCAUGAUCUGGAGAACACUUUACCUACCAAGAACCAAACUCUGUCUAAGCCAGAUGCUGAUAUCACAGAGAACCAGCUGACAUGUGCGGUUUACAAGGAUCUUGAUGACUGCAGGAACAAGAUCCUUCCCCACCAGAAGAGAUACGGUCUCCGCAACCCAGAGGCCACAACGCUGUACCACUGCAACUGUACCACCAGAUUAUUUCAGACUUUGGCUAAACAGAGACAACUGACCAAAGUGCAGGCGUUUCUGCUGGGACAUGUGUCUAAGACCUGCUUCCUGCCACAGGACUGCACAGCACACAAAACCUGUACAGCGGUUCUGGUGAAAGCAGAGUUUCCUCAGCUGGACCAGACCAGCGGUGCUGACAUGGAGGAGCAGCACCACCUGCAGGCAGUCAGACUGAAGAUCAGGAGGCCAAACACCAGAAGUGCAAAGAGAAAAGACAGAGCUGUCAAGCUCCACAGACUGUGUCUCAGGAUGGUCAGGCCCAAAGUCAACAAAAACAGGAAACAUGGUGAAGCUGCAAGAUGAAGAGAGCUCGUCUGAAUGUGAGGGAGUCAAAGUGUUUAAUAUUCAACUGAAAAAUAAGACAUCAUCAACAGACAAAAAUAAUAACCUUGAAAUUAUGAAAUAAUUCAGUACAAUUUCUUUUAUCAGCUCAUUUUCAUUUCAUUCCAGCACUUUUUUAAAUUUCUUGUGUCACAACAUACUGAUGAAAGUUAGAUCAUAAUAUCACUUUUCUUCACUAUCAGUCAAUAAAAAUUAAAUUUAAUCUAUUAAUGGAUCAAGAAAACACAUCAUUCCAAGGGAUAACGCGUUAAAUGUUAGAAAACUCAUUUCUGACGCUCCCAAUAUGUUAAAAUAAACACCCUCCAUAAAAACAGACUUUGGAAAAAGUCUAUUAUUUUAUAAAUAAAAUAAGUAAAAACUGCUGGAAUGUAAUAAAUGAAAUAAAUAACCUUCAAUAAACUCAAUGAAAAGACAUAGGAUAGAAUAGUGAUAAUAAUUUUCACGGUUAUAUAACCUGUUUUGUCUGCAUAAUGUCUUAUUUAUUUAUUUAAUAUUAAACACUUUCCCUCAUUACAUACUAUAGUAUUAUGAAUUCAUAUAGUCUACAUCCGGGGUAUAAAAAAAGAAAACUUCUUUACGUUAACAAACCCUUUUCUCAGCAGAUGUUUUGACUUUUCAUAGAAGUAACAAAACUGGUGUAGCCUAACUAACAACAUUAAUGACGACUUCAUUCAGGUGUGCGAGUUCUUAAGGCGCCUACUAUUAUGCAUGCUGGCUCACUGGAGUAACUUCCAGGGACAUUUAAUACACCUGAGCCAUCAUUAAAGUGAUUAGUUACACCUGUGCUUUCUUUAAGUGCAGCUCUAGGAACGACAAUGUUAGUUGGUCCACCACUUUGGUUCAUACUGAGAAAUAUCUCAACAACUAUUGGAUAGAUUGCCUUAAAAUAUAAACAUUCAUGUUCCCUUUACAAUGAACUGUAAUGAUCCCUUAAAUGUCCAAUUAGCACCAUCAACAGGUCAAAAUGUUUGAUUUUGCCCAAUAAAAUAAUGACCUUCAGCUGUUUAGUGCUAAUGAGGAAGUGUUAGCAUGCUAAACACGCUAAACCAACAUAGUGAACAUGACAAAGAUUAAACCUGCUGAACAUGUUAGCAUAUUGACAUUGACCACUGUGUCUAAUAGCUGCUAGCAUAGCUGUAGACUAUUAGUCUGGUUCUGCACUAUAAGUCAAUAUCUGUGGCACUUUCCCCACACAUUAUAAUGAUUAAAAGGUCAUAGUUUACCAACCUUUUGAUGCCCCGCUGCAUCAGUAGUCUCCACUGAUGAAAGCCCUGUAGUCUCUGUUAUAGAGGUCAGCACUUAGUGUAUUUGUAAAUAUUUGUACUGUGUUGUAUGAGUUAAAUAAAUGCAAAGUAUGUUACUAGCUCAUCUAUUAAAAAGGACAAUAAUGUAAAUAUCUGUACA